ACCAUGACUAAUGGCCUUUAAAAAGACAGCAGCUCAGCAACAAGUGUGUGCUAAGCCAAAGUAAAUGCUGAUUUCUGCUCUUUAAUCAUGAAUCCUGUACAGUUACUUGGAACAAUAUUGUUGCUAUGUGUCACUGCCGCCUAUCUCCAGGAAGGACCAAGCUCCGUCUCAGCUUACGCCCUACGGUUGGGUCCGGGAGAAGAAAUCCUCACAUCAUUGUCUAAAUUUGUGCAGGAGAAGAGACUAAAAGCUCCGUUUGUUAUGACUUGUGUGGGCAGUGUCACCAAAGCGACACUUCGGCUGGCAAAUUCAGACGCUCUGAAUACCAAUGAGAUAAUUCACCUAAGCGAGAGAUUGGAAAUAGUGUCCUUGGUGGGAACACUGAAUGAACAUGCUCACCUGCACAUAUCAUUAUCUGAUAAAGACGGGAAGACCAUCGGUGGACACGCUAUCGGCGACCUACACGUCUUCACCACCGCUGAAAUAGUUAUCGGAGAUCUCAGCAACUUAGAAUUCACUCGGGAGAUGGAUGAACGCACAGGCUUCCCAGAACUUGUCAUUAGGCCUCGCUCCGCAAACGUUAGCAGUGCCUAGAUUCUAAAUUAUGUGCCGUUUUUCCCCAGGAAGUGAAUGAGAUAAAUUUGCUUCGAAGCAUGCCUUUUAGGUUGCUCUUUGCAUUUUUGUAUUGAUUGCAAUCAUUUGCUCACACACAGCAUAAUCAGUCAUGUAUGAAAUAGACAGGGCGAAAUCAUUCAGCUAAAUUCUUUAAAAUCCUUGCCAUUAAUUUGGGCUUUUUAUCAACAUUUGUUUAGAUUAUUUUUUUUUUUACGAGCUUUAGCUGAGCUGUCCUACAGGGAUUUGACAAGACUGAUUGGCCCACAGAGGGUAAAGGAUAGCGACAGAGGCUCGGAGGGCUAAUGGAUGUACUGUUUGCUCAUCUUUAUACGGCUACUAUAAGCCACUAAUUGGGAACGACAGCUCAAACAAGCAACAGAGGAGCUGUUGUCAGAUUCACGUGACAUGGGUUUAAAGAAGCAGUUAGGGUGGCUUCACUGCCUGCUCCUGCUUAACACGUAACCUACUCACACUUAUUAGGAGUUAGCCGCCGUACAGAAUAGGGGGAGAUAAGUUAUUUUAGCGCAUGAUAAUUCAUCGCACGGCUUUCUGCCUGGUUCACAGAUUCAGCCGUAAAUGGUUGUAGAUGUUAUCUAUCUAAUCUGUUGGUCUCUCAACAUACAGAGUACUCUGAGCCCGGUGCACAGAGAGGGCAACAAGGGGCAUAAUAUUAAAUUAACAUAUAUUCCCAUGGACCUUGGUGGUGAGGACAGCAGCGAUACUUAAACUUGUAAAUGUAUAAAAUGUAUACAGAUGAUGCGGAUGCAAUAAAAUGAUUUAAUAUACACA